UGGGCCGCGGGAUAGCCUUGGAUACCAUAAGAGAUGUCAAAUUUUUUUAAUACAAUUAAUCUAAAUAAGAUAUGACCACAAGAUAUACUUGCCAUUCUGCUUACAGCUCCCUCUUGUCAGUCUGAAAUGUCCAUUUUGUCUAAAGACUUCUGUCGCAACCGUACGGUUAUAUGGGCAGUGUUAAAACGUGGAAUAGCAAGAUGUAAAAGACGAGCCUUUCUUUAUCUUAAUCUUUUGAUUUGCUCUUCUAGUAUCUGCUAUUUCCCCUUCGUCACCCUCGUCAAAAUAUCAUCAAGCACUCUACCAGCAACAGCCUAUAAGCUCAUUGGUGGAAACAUGAAAUGCCCCAUCGCCGUGGAAGUUGACAACUCGUAUAUUGCUUCUGUGGAAUCUACAAGGCCGUUCAAAAUAUACCAGCGGGCGGAAGAGAUAUGGUAAAGAACGCGUUGUAGCGAAAUUGAAAGAAGCCAAGCAAUCUUUUGUUUUGGUGCCCAGUGUCUAAUUAUCCAAGUAUCUGCUAUUACCUUUACUUUCUCUAUAUUGCUACUUUUACGACUUCUACUGCUCUCGCCAUACCCUUCAAGUAGAGCAAGUCUGGUAGUGUACCAAAAUUCGUUUUAG